UGGAAUACCACCUGUCAGCAUGACUUUUACAAUGAUGAUACAAUAAUCUGGAGCGGCCAGGUUCUGUCCCCAUCAUCUGUCUGGAAGUUUAAUUCCUGAGCUGUGUAAAGGAUCGUACCUGGAGACCAUCAGAUCCGUGCACAACCGAGUCCCUCCUCUUCCUCCUGUGCCUGAUAUUCUCCAGUUCAGCAUCUCUCCUCCUCCUCCUCUCCGGCGCACCUGACCCAGCCCCGGCAAACCAUCUCAGUCCUGUGAAGGAGAGGAUGUGCAUCAGUACAUAGUGGAUAUCCUGCUUUUUCCUUCUGCGAAAGCAGAGUGAGACACAACACUGUUUGAGGAACAAGAGAUCUGGGAAAGGAGGAGAGAUGCCACUGGGGGGGUUUGCGGGUCUAAAGGAGAAGGUGCUCAAGCCAGGGAAGGAGGAGUUGAAGAACAAUGUUGGUGACUCUCUGGGGAACCUACAGAAGAAAAUUGAUGGCACUAAUGUGGCUGAGGAGGACAACAUUGAGCUCACAGAAGAUGGUCGGCCAGUGGCAGCCCCUAAACGCAACCCACCCCUGUUGGAUUGUGGAUGCUUUGGCCUUCCCAAACGUUACAUCAUUGCCAUCCUCAGUGGACUCGGCUUCUGCAUCUCAUUUGGCAUCCGUUGCAACCUGGGUGUGGCCAUUGUAGAAAUGGUCAACAAUAACACCGUCUACAUCAACGGGACUGCCGUCAUGCAGCCAGCUGAGUUUAAUUGGGAUCCAGAGACAGUGGGUUUGAUACAUGGAUCUUUCUUCUGGGGAUACAUUGUCACUCAAAUCCCCGGAGGAUUCAUCUCCAACAAACUAGCCGCUAACAGGGUCUUUGGGGCAGCCAUUUUCUUGACCUCACUGUUAAACAUGUUUAUUCCAUCAGCUGCUCGGGUUCAUUACGGCUGUGUCUUGUUUGUUCGAAUCUUACAAGGACUAGUCGAGGGUGUUACAUAUCCAGCUUGCCAUGGGAUGUGGAGCAGAUGGGCUCCUCCGCUGGAAAGAAGCCGUCUGGCUACUACCUCUUUCUGUGGAUCUUAUGCAGGGGCUGUGAUAGCCAUGCCAUUGGCUGGAAUAUUAGUGCAAUAUGUUGGCUGGCCCUCUGUCUUCUAUAUAUAUGGUGUUUUUGGCAUUAUAUGGUACACAUUCUGGCUCCUGCUCGCUUAUGACAGCCCGGCCAUACACCCUACGAUCAGCGAGGAAGAAAGGACGUACAUAGAGACAUCUAUUGGAGAGGGUGCCAAUUUGAUGAGUGCUACUGAGAAAUUCAAAACUCCUUGGCGUGAAUUCUUUACAUCUAUGCCCGUCUAUGCUAUUAUUGUGGCAAACUUCUGCCGCAGCUGGACCUUCUACCUCCUGCUUAUAAGUCAGCCAGCUUAUUUUGAAGAGGUCUUCGGGUUUCCCAUCAGCAAGGUGGGCAUUUUGUCAGCCGUACCUCACAUGGUGAUGACGAUUGUUGUGCCGAUAGGAGGCCAGCUGGCUGAUUUCCUGAGGAGUCGGAAAAUCCUCUCUACCACAACUGUGCGCAAAAUCAUGAACUGUGGAGGUUUUGGCAUGGAGGCCACACUGUUGUUGGUGGUGGGGUUCUCGCACACACGUGCAGUGGCUAUUACGUUUCUUAUCCUGGCUGUGGGCUUCAGUGGAUUUGCGAUAUCAGGUUUUAAUGUAAAUCAUCUGGACAUCGCUCCUCGCUAUGCCAGUAUUCUCAUGGGCAUCUCUAAUGGAGUAGGCACCCUGUCUGGUAUGGUCUGCCCCCUAAUCGUUGGAGCACUCACCAAACACAAGACUCGUCUUGAGUGGCAGAAUGUCUUUGUGAUCGCAUCCAUGGUGCAUUACACCGGUGUGAUCUUCUAUGCCAUCUUCGCCUCCGGUGAGAAGCAGGAGUGGGCCGAUCCCGAAAGCACCAGUGAUGAGAAAUGUGGAAUUAUUGGUGAAGAUGAGCUGGCUGAUGAGACAGAGCCCAACAGUGAUAGUUCCUUGGCAAUCAAGAAGAAGUCCUACGGCACCACAGACAAUUCCUCAGGGCGUAGACAGGGCUGGAAGAAGAAGAGAGGGGUUACCAUGCAAGACGAUGAAGAUCAUGAAUCGAAUCAUUAUGAAAAUGGGCAGUAUCAAAACUAAUAUCAAUGA